CGUACGAGCGCCCCACUGCCUUAAAAGGAAGCGCCGCCUUCCCAUCGCUCUCUUUCAAUCGGACUAGGGACAAAAUGUCUCACCGUAAAUUUUCGGCCCCACGCCACGGGUCUCUGGGCUUUCUGCCCCGCAAGAGGAGCCGUCGCCAUCGUGGCAAGGUGAAGAGUUUUCCUAAGGAUGAUGCCAGCAAACCUGUUCACCUGACCGCCUUUCUUGGUUACAAGGCUGGCAUGACCCACAUCGUCCGUGAGGUCGAUAGACCUGGCUCAAAGGUCAACAAAAAGGAGGUGGUUGAGGCAGUAACCAUUGUGGAGACUCCUCCAAUGAUCGUUGUGGGUGUUGUUGGAUACGUCUUGACUCCUCGUGGUCUGCGCUCCUUCAAGACCAUCUUUGCUGAGCACAUCAGUGAUGAGUGCAAACGUCGCUUCUACAAAAACUGGUACAAGUCCAAGAAGAAGGCUUUUACGAAGUACUGCAAGAGGUGGCAAGAUGAAGAGGGCAAGAAGCAGUUGGAGAAAGACUUUGCCUCUAUGAAGAAAUACUGCCAGGUCAUUCGCAUCAUUGCCCACACACAGAUGCGUCUGCUGCCCCAUAGACAAAAGAAGUCUCAUCUGAUGGAGGUUCAGCUGAACGGAGGCACCAUCUCUGACAAGGUUGACUGGGCAAGAGAGAAACUUGAGCAGUCUGUUCCCAUCACCAGCGUUUUCGGUCAGGAUGAGAUGAUUGACGUUAUCGGUGUCACCAAGGGUCACGGAUACAAGGGUGUGACAAGCCGUUGGCACACAAAGAAGCUGCCCCGCAAGACCCAUCGUGGUCUGCGUAAGGUGGCCUGUAUUGGAGCUUGGCAUCCUGCCCGUGUGGCCUUCUCUGUGGCUCGUGCUGGUCAGAAGGGUUACCAUCACCGCACUGAGAUCAACAAGAAGAUCUACAAGAUUGGUGCAGGCUAUUUCACAAAGGAUGGCAAAGUAGUGAAAAACAAUGCUGCUACGGAUUAUGAUCUGUCCAACAAAAGCAUCAACCCUCUGGGUGGUUUUGUGCACUAUGGUGAGGUGACCAAUGAUUUCCUCAUGCUGAAAGGCUGCGUGGUUGGAACCAAGAAGAGGGUUUUGACUCUGCGCAAAUCUCUUCUGGUUCAGACCAGCCGCCGUGCCCAGGAAAAGAUCGACCUCAAAUUCAUCGACACCACCUCCAAAUUUGGUCAUGGGCGAUUCCAGACCAUCGAGGAGAAGAAAGUGUUUAUGGGACCUCUCAAGAAAGACCGUAUUGCCAAGGAGGAAAUCGCAUAAGUGUGUUAUGCACAUUUUGUCUGUGGUGGUGUUAUGCAGUACUGCAGAGUUUAAUAAAAACGUGAAAACGA